AGAGGGUCGAAGUGACUCGGAGACUCUACUUGGUGAUGAUGAUGACCACAGGCAGAUCUCCGCGCCGAAUAGACGAAUUCAACCCACUUCCAGUGGUCAUUUAACAACUCGUCAUCAGCUUUUGAGAGGAACGGUUCUGCGAGGAUAGUGGGGAGGAAAGGCGAUAGGAUGCCUGCAUUUUAGGAGGGUAGGUACAGCUAAAAACGAUUGACAGCAAGAGAUCUUUUGAUUGCUUACUGCCGCUUUGUUUCUCGCCCUCCCUCCCUCUCCAAAGUAGUUGCAUCCUUCGCGCGCGCGGCAAUAAUAUCAUCAAGAGUACCGUGCAGUAACAUAUUGCAACCGUUGGUCUUCUUGCACAUAUUUGGCAUCAAUUUCCCCCCUGCCAUGUUGAUGCUGUGUGAAGGGUGAAGUAAUGGAGGUGGUGUUUGAGGUGUGCAACAACAACAAGUACAAGAUCGAGAUCGGCUUCUUUGACACGGUGCAUGAGAUGAAGGAGAGGGUGGAGAGAAAGCAUGGCUUCCCCAUCGCCCGCCAGACUCUCGUCUACAAUGGCAAGGUGCUAAAAGACGAGCACGACGCGGAACACUACGAGAUCUACGAGGGCUGCCUCAUCCGUGUGCUCCUGGAGCCUGAGAGGCGGAAAGUGCAGGUCGUGGUGAAGAGGCCCACCCGGCAGUACCCUCUGGAGGUCGAUGUCUCCGACACCGUGGGCCUUUUGAAGGAGAAGAUUCUGGAGUACGAGGGAGUCCAGCCCGGCCGGCUGUUGGCGUCGCACUCAGGCGUGGAAAUGGAGGACAACCGGUGCCUCGGCGAGUAUGGCGUGUCGGACGAGUCCGAGAUCAGCGUGGUGUUGAAGCCCACAAAGAUGAUGAGGGUGUUGGUCGAGACGUCAAAGGGAGGAGUGAAGAUUCCGGUGGACGUCAAUUCGUCGAGCACGGUUCACGACCUGAAGAUGAAGCUGGAAGAGAAGGGCAUCGCACCCAACGACCAUUUCUUCGUUUACAACCACGACGUCAUGUACGACAACCGAACGCUGCGUUGGCAUAGGGUUCAGGAUGGAGACACUCUCUCCGUUUUCAAGGGCAGUCGGCAGCCGUUUCUCAUGAGGUGGUGGUGCUUUCGCUCGGGCGGGAGGGGCCGGAGAAGAGCCACGCGCUUCUUCCUCAUGAUUAAUCUCUCCAACAGGACAAUCACUUUAGAGGUGAAAAGCUCGGAUUGUACAAUCAUAGUAGAUGUGAAGGCCAAGAUCCAGGAGAAGACGGAUGAUCAGGUCAUUCCUCAGCACGAGCAGCGGCUGAGUUUCGCCGGUAAGCAGCUGGAGGACGGGCACACCCCCGCCCCCUACGACGUUCAGGAGAAGUCCACCCUCCAAUGUCUGGAGCUCCCACGGAGCGGUGGUAGCACGCCGGUCAUCGUGAGCGACCCUGAUGGCAAGACCAUCGCCUGGUGGGUGGAACGGCCGGAGACGGUUGAGAGAGUGAACGUCAAGAUCAACGCCGAAACUGGAGUUGCACCACGAGAUCAAAAUCUCGCCGUCAAUGGCACACACCUCCGAUAUGGUCACGCCCUCGAUGAUUGUAACGUCCAAAAGGAAGCCAUGACCCUUCGUCUUGUUCUUCGCUUCAAUGGUGGUCUGCAAUCGUACAUCAACUUAAUUUGCUCGAUCCAUAUUCGAUGGGGAUAUUGA